ACCUUGCAAACGAACUAUCCAAGUUUGCGGUCUAAACUAUGCUUCGCACGGUUAGCCCACUUGGAGUCCCAUUCGCGUCGUGGGAUAUUCUCAGCGUUCUCGCGAUAAAGCGCUUAAUUGAUGACUGGUUGCGGAAUGAGAUGAAAGGCCGUCUCAUCAUGGGCGAUGUACGUGCAGGGGCGUGCUACCCCGCGCACUCAGCCGCAGCUCAGCCUGCUUAGCUCGAGGUAUCAACACACUAAAGACGCUACAAUCGCAUUGUUGUCACCAUGUUCUUGCACAUUUCGCAACUUCUCUCGCAGCCAUUGUUAUCUUUUUCUGUUAUGUUUAAUAACGACAUCUUCCUGUAGCUGUAUGCUAUUCUAUCAUGGCGGAGGUGGUAGGCUUGGUGGCCAGUGUCGUGCAGCUGGCUGGUGCAGGCUUGAAGCUGUCCCAGACGCUGUACCAGUAUGCUGAUGGUGUGGCUUCUGCCGACCGCAGAAUCAAGGAUAUCGCGAACGAAGUCAAGCUUACAAGCUUCGUCAUUCAGGAGCUGGGCACCAUCUUCGAGAAGGACGAGACAGCGAAUCUGAUUUCGGAAAAUGCGGUCAGGACGGCGAAUGAGACAAUCAAGGAGUGUUUCGCAGUUUUCACAGAACUUGAGUUGAAAAUCAAUAAAGGCAAGCCAGGGAAGAUGGGUCGGCUGAUGUUACCCUUCAAAGAUAACAAGAUCGAACUGCUGCGGAGCCAAAUUGAUAAGCUCAAGAGUACAUUGGAGCUGUUGAUGCAGGUGCUCAUACACGCCCAUCAAGUCUCAUCAGAGAAGUACAACCGCGAAGCUGAAGCGAGGCACCGGGAAGAGAUCAAGCAAUUGCUUGAGAACAAGAAGCAAGCCACGAAGAAGUACGAGGAGUCGCUAAGGAAUUUUAGUAUUAGCGAUGGCAGCACUGCUGUAGAUGAUGGCGAUCGAUCGGUGAAGGACGAAGAAGAUAUUGGUUCGCCGUCCAACCUCAUCAACGCUGCUGGAGCUAUCGGCUCAACUAUCAACUCUGAUACGCUUGCCACAUGCGUGGACCAUGUCAGAAGCCUGUUGGCAGACAUAGAGACGCUGCAGCUGGUUUUGGCCAGGAAAGUAGAUGGGGACGACCACUCGGAUCACCACCAGAAGGCUAUCGGAUCUUACUUCAUCGCUCGCUCUCAUCUUGAUAGCGUUCUAUUUGGCAAUGCUCAAGCCAAUACUUCUGUAUCUACUGCGACCCAUUCGAAGCCACCCAACGGACAUGUCAGCGGCGCCUUGAGUGACGAAAGGGUGCAGGAAGAGAUGAAAAUGAAGAUGGAGAUGGAGCACGAGCGAGCACGAACCUUUGCUGAAGAGAGAAUGAAGCCAGAAAGCUUCCAAAGGUCAGCCGAAGCUAGCCUAUAUGACAAAGAGAGAGAAUCAGCUUUGCUGAUAGAACGGGAAAUGCGCCUCGAGCGCGAAGCCAGAGAUGAAGUGAGGGCGAAGAUGGAGCGUGAAGGCAAGGUACAAGAUCUUGUCUGUCGUCCGGCAGCGCACGAAGACAGCAUCGAAGAUAUUCCACGCGAAUUCCCUUCUGGUGCUGAGUAUAGGCAAACUAAGUACCGCGAGGAGUAUGCGCCUACACUCCGAAGGACCAGCACUCGAACCAACCCAGAGACGGAUGAAACUUCAGACGGUAGACUUGUAAUUGAGGUACCCGAUCGAAUUGAUCGACCUGGAGCAACGCGUUCUCAGCUACAGUUGAACAAUGAAAGCUCUCGUGCAGAUGAUGCCCACCACCUGCCUCUAAGCCAGGCGAAGCCAACGAAACUAGAAGCCCGCGCCCGAGGUGAGAGGCUUUGGCAAGAAGAGUUACGUAGAAGAGAGAGUUCAAGUGCCCCUGCAAGAGUCAAGUCAACUAAAAGGCGCGAUUCCCGCCCACCUGCAUUGUCACAGCCAUCACAGUCGGCCCGCGAUAAAUUUCCAUCGUCGUCACCGGGAUACCUGUCAGAAGAAAUAGAGGGCAGCUCAUAUGCGCCUAGCACGCGCAUUCGAGAGGCCAAAUGGCGCCCCAGGAAAGACAAGAACGAGAUCGACCAGAAUGAAUCACAGGUAUCAUACAGCAGACAAGACGAUUCAUUCAGAACGCACAAUCCCCGUCAAAUUCUGUCACCACAGCUUUCUCUUGCCUACUCGGAUGGCACCGACAAGGAGGUGAACGGCCAACUUGGCGCGCAGGUGAAACCGGACGGAGAAGAAAAAAGGAGAGGAGAGAGCGGCACGGAUUAUCUAACAAAAGCGAGAGUGGCAGAAAGAGAGAAAGCGAGAGCGGAAGAAACAGAGAGGAGGAGGCGAAGAAGAUCAGAACAAGAACAAAUGCAGCAAGAGUUCUGGUGGUUCUCGUACAACAUGGAAUCAACUUUUACUCCUAGUGACGCAUACGUAACCUGAUAUCAUCGAGUCUAAUCUCCGGCACCCUGCGAGCCCCACCUCGAUGCUAAGUAAUUCUAUCGAUGAGU